AUGGAUGACACGACCGAUAUUUCUGUGAAAAAGCAAUGCGCUUUCACAGUGAUAAACUAUGAUUAUGAAAUAUCAGUACCGAAAACUCAGUUUUUCAAUCUUGUUGAGUUUUAUCAUAAUGGAAGGCAAGCUGCAUCGACUGCAUUUUUGUUGCAAGAAUUCAAACUCUCUUUAAAUGGUGUGCAGACGAUAGCUCAAAGUGUCUUAGAUUUCAUUAGUAAUAGAAAUGGCAUUUCAAUAAUGACUUUCAAUUGCCAAAGUCUAAAUAGUCACAAAUACGAUUUACAAGAUUCAGUUACGAGACAAACAAAUGUGUUACUUCUUACCGAAACUUGCAUGACGCAUGAUAAUUUGAUUGAAAUACCUAAUUUCAAUUGUAUUGUUCAAUUCAAACGAGAUACUGUUCCAAAAGGUGGAGUAGCUAUUUACCAAAAUAACUCCGAAUAUUGA